GAAACAUAGAAUGUGAAUUAGAAAAGCUUCCCUUAUCCUUUGCAAACCAUUUUUCUUCAGUAAGAAAACACACGACAACACAACAUGAUAGUGGGAAGUGUUACCUUGAAGCUCAAUCUCUCCCAUUUCUCAUCUUCAUCUUUCUCUCUCCGCAAAUCUUCUUCUUCCUACCCCUCCAACUUUCCUAUCCGCACCCCUUCUAAACCCCAUUUUCUCAAAAUUUAUGCUUUAUCUAGUAAUGACAUUAAAGUUGGUACCAAUAUCGAAGUUGAUGGUUCACCUAUGCGUGUCUUAGAGUUUCUUCAUGUGAAACCUGGAAAAGGUGCCGCAUUUGUGAGGACUAAGCUUAAGAAUCAUCUUACUGGAAAUACUGUUGAAAAGACCUUCAGAGCUGGAAGUUCGAUUGAUGAAGCUGAUAUAGUCAAGGAAACAAAACAGUUCACGUAUAAAGAUGGUGUUCAGUUUGUCUUCAUGGACUUGAGUACAUAUGAGGAGACUCGUCUGGAUGAAUCAGAUGUUGGGAACAAAACAAAGUGGCUGAAAGAGGGAAUGGACUGCAAUUUGCUGUUAUGGAAUGGAAAAGUUAUUGAUGUUGAUCUCCCUAUAACAGUCAAGCUUAAGGUAGUCGAUGUGGUUCCCGUAGUUAAGGGUGACACAGCCCAAGGUGGUGGAUCAAAGCCAGCAACUCUCGACACUGGUGCUAUUGUCAAUGUUCCGCUCUUUGUAAAUGUAGGCGAGGAAAUACUGGUUGAUACAAGAUCUGGGCAGUACAUGAGCCGUGCUUAAGAUUUCAUAUCAAGUUUUUUCGUCAAUAGAAGUUCAGAGUAUCAUGAUUUCUUUUGUUCUUUUACAAUAACAUGUAGCAUAUGUAAUAGUUAACACAGCACAAUGACUAUGUGCAUCAGAACAACGAGUUAAAAUUUUGUUGUAACUUUAGUUGUGAAACUGAGGCUCCUGCGGCAUUAUUCAUCA